UGGGGGGAGUGGAAGGACAAAGAAUAUUAUAAUAAAUUUCCAAUAUACAAAUUCCCCCCCACUCUGCGUUCUUUUCUAUAAAACCGAUCCUCUCUCUCCUGCCUCUCCAACAACAAUGUCCACUCCCUAGCAUUUCGCUCUCAGAUCCGCCACAAUUCUUCACACGGUUUGAACUUUGAGGAGAUAAUUGAGGUAAAAAAUGGCUUUAGGAAAAUAUAGUAGAGUCGAUGGUAGGAGAUCGACCACCAAUUAUUGUUCUACAGCAACUCUGGUUGCUUUUGUGGCUCUUUGCUUGGUUGGGGUUUGGAUGAUGACAUCCUCAUCUGUCGUUCCGGUUCAAAAUUCAGAUGUGUCAACUCAGGAGACCAAAGAUGAGGUGAAGCAACAAGUGGUUGAAAGUAAUGAUAGUGAUACUAGGCAAUUUGAGGAUAGUUCUGGUGAUCUAACAGAUGAUGCAAAGAAGGGGGAUGGUGUGAGUUUCACUCAGGAUGAAAAAAACCCUAAUCCCCAAGAUAAUCCGGCUGUUCCUGAGAAACCAUCGGAAAAUGGUCCGGAGGAAAAACAGGAGAAGCCAGAAGAGAAACUCAUUAAUGAGGAAGAAAAUAAGCCAGAAGAUGGGUCAACAAAUGAGGCAGAAAAUGGGGAAAACAAAUCUGGGGAUGGGGAAGGAGAUUCUAAGACAGAAGAUGCAAAUUCAGAUUCAGGAGAGACAAAAACAGAUGGUGGUGAAAGUAUUGCAGAUGGACAGGGUGAUUCUGAAGGGGGUUCGGUUGAGAAGAAAUCUGAGUUGGAUGACAGUGAGAAGAAAUCAGAGGAGAACUCCUUUGAAACUAAGGAUGGAGACAAAGUGGAUGGUCAGAUAGAGGAGAAGGUGGAGCAAAAUGAGAAUAAAGAUUCUGAGCAAAAUUCAGGUGAGAGGAAGGAGGAUAGUGAGGCCAAAGAACAGGUUUCAAAUGAGGUAUUUCCUUCUGGGGCUAUGUCAGAGCUCCUGAAUGAAACUACCACUCAAAAUGGAGCGUUCUUGACUCAGGCAGCAGAGUCUAAGAAGGAAAAAGAAAGCCAACAGACUGUCUACAGUUGGAAAGUUUGCAAUGUCACUGCUGGACCAGAUUACAUCCCAUGCCUUGACAAUUUGCAAGCAAUUAAGAGCCUCCCAAGUACCAAGCAUUAUGAACACCGAGAGAGGCACUGCCCUAAUGAACCACCCACCUGUCUUGUUUCACUUCCUGAAGGAUACAAACGUCCAAUUGAGUGGCCGACAAGCAGGGAUAAGAUAUGGUACUAUAACGUUCCCCACACCAAGCUUGCAGAAAUUAAAGGGCAUCAGAAUUGGGUGAAGGUUUCCGGCGAGUUCCUUACUUUUCCUGGUGGUGGAACACAGUUUAAGAAUGGUGCUCUUCAUUACAUUGAAUUCAUAGAGGAGUCUAUGCCUGAUAUUGCAUGGGGAAAACGCAGCCGUGUGGUAUUGGAUGUUGGAUGUGGUGUUGCUAGCUUUGGAGGCUAUCUUUUUGAUAAAGAUGUGCUCACUAUGUCAUUUGCCCCAAAAGACGAGCAUGAAGCCCAAGUACAAUUUGCACUUGAAAGGGGAAUUCCGGGUAUAUCUGCUGUUAUGGGCACAAAGAGACUUCCCUUCCCAGCCAUGGUCUUUGAUGUUGUCCACUGUGCACGAUGUAGAGUUCCCUGGCAUAUAGAAGGUGGUAAACUUCUCUUGGAGCUGAACCGUGUGUUGCGGCCUGGUGGUUUCUUUGUGUGGUCGGCAACUCCGGUUUACCAGAAGCUUGCUGAUGAUGUUGCGAUAUGGAAUGCCAUGACUGAACUGAUGAAGUCAAUGUGCUGGGAGCUUGUGGUGAUUAAAAGGGAUGUGGUGAAUCGUGUGGCAGCAGCAAUAUAUAAGAAGCCUACUUCUAAUGAUUGCUAUGAGAAAAGAUCGCAAAAUGAACCUCCAAUCUGUGCCGAUUCAGAAGAUGCAAAUGCUGCCUGGAAUGUCCCAUUGCAAGCAUGUAUGCACAAAGUGCCAGUUGAUGCAUCGAAACGCGGCUCUCAAUGGCCAGAGCUAUGGCCUGCAAGGUUGGAUAAAACUCCAUACUGGUUGACAAGUUCCCAGGUUGGGGUUUAUGGCAGAGCAGCACCGGAGGAUUUCACUGCAGACUAUGAACACUGGAAACGAGUGGUUGCUCAGUCAUAUCUAAAUGGGAUAGGAAUCAGCUGGUCUUCUGUGAGAAAUGUCAUGGACAUGAGAGCUGUCUAUGGAGGAUUUGCUGCAGCUUUGAGAGAUUUGAAUGUUUGGGUCAUGAAUGUGGUCUCAAUAGACUCUCCAGAUACACUUCCUAUAAUUUAUGAACGAGGUCUAUUUGGGAUUUAUCACAAUUGGUGUGAAUCAUUCAACACCUACCCUAGAUCAUACGAUCUGUUACAUGCAGACCAUAUCUUCUCCAAGACCAAAAAGAAGUGCAACCUGGUGGCUGUGAUUGCAGAGGCUGAUCGGAUUCUAAGGCCUGAAGGAAAGCUUAUUGUCCGUGAUGAUGUGGAGACACUUGGUCAGGUGGAGAACAUGCUUAGGUCCAUGCACUGGGAAAUCCGGAUGACUUACUCCAAGGAGAAGGAGGGAUUGCUAUGUGCCCAGAAAACCAUGUGGAGGCCUAAAGAGAUGGAGACAAUAAAGUCGGCUAUUGCUUAAGCGCAUACCCAUACUCUCCUCACCAUUCACUGCUUCUUCAUUUUUGAGGCUACCAUGGCCUCUCAGAUUAGGUAUUCUUUUGGUUUUUAGUCCAAUAUUUGCAUUAAUGAUAACUGUAUUUCUUGGUUAGUCCAUGUACCAUGUCAGUUAGCUCCUCCAGUGUCGGUUUUACCUAUUGUUUCUCAUAUUUUUUACCAGGACAUUCUAAAUCAGAAGUUGAUGUUCUGAAUUUUGUAAUGUAAUACUAUUAUUUAUGGAAAAGGCUGUCAUUCUUCAAAGUGUAAGGCUCAUUGCCGACGGACUUGUCUCUGGAUUCUGGAAUUCAAAUGUGGUGAAAUGCGUUGUGUCUAAGAUACAUGUAUGACAAAGGUGCAGGUGGAUUUACUAUCGUUGGUUGUAUUAAAGAACAGUGAUGAAAAUUGAAUCUAUAUGAUAUAUAUUUGUCUUUUUUUA